ACCUAAUUUCUCGUCCAUAAACUAGCCCUGGUAUCAAUCACCUUAGGUUUUUAUUGGCGACUUCAUUCGUAAUUAGGUUUUUAUUGGAAAACAUUUGCAAUUGCGAUGUCUAAUAAAUCUAAGAGAUCGAUUGGAAGAAAACAAGAUAGGAUUAGCGACCUUCCUGAUCCAAUUCUCUGUCACAUUCUCUCUUUUCUCCCCACCAAAUUAGCCAUCAGCACAAGCAUCCUGUCGAAGAGGUGGAAACCAAUAUGUCUUUCUGUCCCGGCACUCGAUCUCAAGACAGCUUUUCCACCCCAUGUUCUAGGUUCAGUUAUGCAAUCGCGAGACAUCAAAUUGCCAAUACUAUCAGUCCGACUCUUGUUUGAUGGCCGCGAACACGAAGCUUUGAACCAAUUUAUUAUAGAAGUGACACAAAGAGGAAUUGAAACCCUAGAACUUGACAUGGUGGGAUAUUCUUUGGGGAUUGAAUCAGUUUCUAACCUACUCAAUUGUAAGACUCUUAUUGUUCUCAAGUUGACGAGGCUCAUGAUUAUUCAAGACAUUCCUCUUAUAAAUGUUUCUUCUAUCAAAAAUCUUCAUUUGGAUAGUGUUCUUAUUUUAGAACAUCAAAAAUAUCAGCUUAGUUUUUUCUCAGCUUUUCCUAUAUUAGAGGAAUUGCAUGCAAAUGAAGUAAUUGUAGUGGGUGGGAGGCAAUAUAUUCCAAAAACAAAGGAAAUCAAAGCAAUGAAUAAAUGUUUGCCCAAAUUGGUGAGGGCUAAUGUUUGUCAAAUGGAACUUAUUCCUUUCCUCUCCUUUUCUCGGCAACUCAUUCUCAAUGUAGAGCAGACACUGCGCCACAUCAUGGUUCAAGUCCCCAUCUUUUACAAUCUAACUCAAUUGGAACUAUUAUUUAAGUUUAACCAAAGUUGGAAGGGAGAGUGGAAGUGGAGGUGGAUACUAAAAAUGCUUCAAAACAGUCCCAAGCUUCAACAUCUUAUCAUUCAUGAGAAAAGUAAAAUUGUAAUAGAUGAGAAGAGUUGGAAGGAGCCACCUAUUGUUCCCGAAUGCCUUUUAUCUCAACUGGAAACUUGUUUGUUUAGACAAUACAAAGGCACGAGGUGUGAACUUAAAUUUGCAAAAUAUAUUAUGCAAAAUUCAAAAGUAUUACUUACCAUGACAAUUCAAACUGCAUCUUCUAUAAAUUUAAACAGAAAGAAUCAGAUAUUACAAAAGUUAUCUGAGUGUCUAAGGGGAUGUGAACUUAUAUUCAAUUGAUGACGGUGGACUAAUAUGUUUGAUUGAUAAAGUGAUUCGAUGGUGUUUGUAAACACACUCAAUUUAGUUUGUCUUCUAUGUCGUAUACA